GAUUGCGGAAGCAAAUACGAUACAAUCGUAUUCCUUUACCAUCAAUAAUCCUGGCUAAUGUGCAGUCUCUGUGGAGUAAAUUGGAUGAACUGCAUUUGAAUGUCGCACAUUUACGUGACUACAGGGAUAUAUGUCUAAUGGCAUUCACAGAGACUUGGCUCAAGGAUUCUGACCCUGAUUGUUCUCUGGAACUAAAAGGCUUCGGGUCUCCCAUACGUUUGGAUCGAGACCCCGGAGCUACCCAGAAAUCUCAAGGAGGAGGGGUGUGUCUGUAUAUAAAUCAGAAAUGGUGUAAAAACGUGACCGUUCGUAGACAAGUGUGUCUGCCUGACAUUGAGCUCCUCUCUGUGUCUUUGAGGCCGUUUUAUCUGCCGAGGGAAUUCCCACAGAUCAACGUCACCGUCGUUUACAUCCAUCCUAAAGCGAAUCCUAAGAAUGCGACUGACACCAUCUCCAACGUCAUCCACUCACUACAAUCUCUCUCCCCUGAGGCUCCUAAUAUUGUUCUUGGGGACUUUAAUCGCUGCGACUUGAAGAAAACACUGAGCAGUUUUUAUCAGUAUGUGAACUGUUCCACACGCUUCAAUAAGACUCUGGAUUUGUGUUACGGUUCCAUAAAAGGUGCGUAUACAUCUGUGGCUGGCCCCGCCCUCGGAUCCUCGGAUCACAACACGGUGCAUCUUCUGCCAGUUUACAAGACUGUGCUGAGAAGAGAGAAAGUGAGGAAACACCGCAUAAAGGUUUGGAGUGACGAUGCCUCUUUAGCCCUGCAGGGCUGCUUUGACUGUACAGACUGGUCGGUGUUUAUAGAAUCAUGCAGAGACAUUAAUGAACUCACUGACGUUGUCUGCAGCUAUAUCUCCUUUUGCAGAGACAUGAUUAUCCCUUCAAAGGAGCUUAAUGAUGAGGGUGAAGAUGGAGUGAACUAUGAAAACAUUGGAGACUCUUCUGCUUCUGUCAGACUCCACUGUGUGUGUGUGUGUGUGUGUGUGUGUGUGUGGCUGGGUCUAAGUCUGAGACUUGCUGAGCUCUGUGGGACAUUGUUAUGAUGGGUGAGGGUUGCUCCUCCCCACCACUCCCUGCUGGUCACUGUCCUUGAGAACUUUUAGGAACUCUUUCUGGGGCCUCCCUCCUCCUUCUGCACAUGGUUGUCAUCUGGACGUGUGGGCUUGGGUCUCAAGUACUCCUGGGGUGCUUUGGAUGGCCCUGCUGAACUGGAUUGUUCCUUGUCUACUUCUGGGUCCAGGGGUGUUGUUGUGGCCUCGGACCCUCAUUAUUAAGUCCGUUUUGUGACACACACACACACACACACACACACACACACACACACACACACACACACACACACACAC